UGACUGUUCUGAGUCUUCUGACCUUUGUUGUGUCGUAUCGACUAUCCAGCUCAGGCUCCCUGUUCUCUCUCUCUCUGUGAUCCAAAUUAUACGUACAGCCGUUGCCGGAGCCCGACCGGCUAUCCCCGGACCCUCCAAGCAAAAAUGGAAGACCACGGUAGUACAUAUCUGGGACUGUUCGUGGACGAGACGGCCUUGUACAACCGCAUUGUGCUGGGGAGCCUCCUGCCAAGCAGCGCGUGGGACCCAUUGCCCCACUUUCUGCAGACGUGGCUGCGCAACUACAUUGGCGGGACCCUAAUCUACUUCCUCUCUGGCUUCCUCUGGUGCUUCUACAUUUAUUACUGGAAGCGCAGCGUCUAUGUUCCUAAAGAUGCCAUUCCAUCUAACAAAUCCAUGCUCUUGCAAAUAUUUGUUACCAUGAAGGCCAUGCCAUUUUACACUGCUCUUCCGUCACUCUCUGAGUACAUGGUUGAAAAUGGCUGGACAAAAUGCUUUUCGAGAAUAAGCGAUGUAGGUUGGCUUGCUUACCUUGUUUAUUUAGUAACUUAUCUUGUAAUCGUGGAAUUUGGAAUCUAUUGGAUGCAUAGAGAGCUGCACGACAUUAAACCUCUGUAUAAAUAUCUUCAUGCUACCCAUCACGUCUACAACAAACAGAAUACUCUUUCUCCAUUUGCUGGUUUGGCUUUUCACCCGCUUGACGGGAUAUUGCAGGCAGUACCACAUGUCGUAGCACUAUUUCUUGUGCCAACGCAUUUUACGACCCACAUUUUGCUCCUAUUCUUUGAGGCUAUAUGGACGGCAAACAUUCAUGACUGCAUCCAUGCCAACUUAUGGCCUGUAAUGGGUGCUGGCUACCACACCAUCCAUCACACUACUUAUCGGCACAACUAUGGCCAUUUCACAAUAUGGAUGGAUUGGAUCUUUGGCACUCUUCGUGACCCCUUGGAUGAUGGAUCCAAGAAGGUCAUGUGAUGCUGCCUGAUUUCUCCUUCAGUCAUUCAAACUUUGAUAUCUUAAUUUGCAUUGUCUUCUUUGCAUGUAAAGUCCUAGUUCUCGCAAACCCAUGUACUCGAUUUUUAAUAAAAUCUUAUGGUAAAUUUGUGGGGCAUAAUGGCAUGUAUUGAAUGGAUUACAUAUUAUCCUCUCUCCAAAAUGGACCAAGUCAAAAUGUAUAUUUAUGUUGAGCCUAUGGGUUUUAGAGACCAGUCGAUCUCUCUGCUGGAUGCUACUGUUGCUGGUGAUACGAACUAAAUGGUUAUUUUUUAUUUUUUGUUUGAAAAAAAGUGUUUUGACGUGAUAUAAAAAUAAUUUGAUUGUUUUGUGAA